AUGUUCAGUGCGCUUCAAACGCUGGGUUCUGGAUAUUCACCAGCUGCAGUGCUGAUAUUGGCAGGUUCCCUGGCUCGAAAAGUGGAAACUCCCACCAGCAGUGCUCCUGGAGAGGUAUCGUCGCUUCAAUUGCGCAUGCCGAGGCUGGUUAUAGCGAUCUCUAUCUGUCGAUUUAUCAUCUUACCGCUUCUCGCCAUUCUAGUCAUCCCAAGGGUCUCAGUUUUCAACACACCAUUUAUCAAGCUUGCGGUUUUGUUAGAGGCUAUCAUGCCACCGGCUCAGAAUAGCACACUUAUUUUGAACCUUGAAAAGAAGCCAGACGCUGCUGCAAGCAUGGCUCGCAUUUUGUUGGUUGUGUAUCUCGUAGGCGCAAUCCCGAUGAGUAUUGGGCUUACUUACUUUCUAGGAUUCGCGGGUGUGUGA